AUGUCUGCUUCCGAAACGGCCCCCUGGAGUCGUGAGGAAUUUCACGAGAAGCUGAAGGAGAAGGGAACCUCGUACCACGUCUACCAUCCCUUCCAGAUCAUGAUGACCGAGGGCAAAUUGACCCGUUCGCAAAUGCAGGGUUGGGUGGCCAACCGGUUUUAUUAUCAGAAAAACAUUCCGUUGAAAGACGCCGCGGUCAUGGCCAACUGCCCGGACCGGGAGGUGCGGCGCGAGUGGAUUCUGCGCAUGCUCGAUCAGGACGGCACCGACGGCGACGCAGGGGGCAUCGAAGCCUGGCUGCGGCUGGGGGUUGCCUGUGGUUUGACGCGUGAGGAAGUUCGUAGUGAGGAGCAUGUCCUGCCGGGUGUGCGCUUCGCGGUUGACGCCUAUCGCAAUUUUGCCCGUUCGCGCCCUUGGCAGGAGGCGGUGUGCUCGUCUCUGACGGAGCUUUUCGCCCCGGACGCGCACGCUUCGCGUAUCGAGUCGUUUCCCAAGCAUUACCCAUGGAUUGGCCCGGAGGGUCUGGACUAUUUCCGCAUGCGCCUGACCGAGGCGCGCCGGGACGUGCAGCAUGGACUCCAGGUCACGCUGGACUAUUUCAAGACGCGCGCCCAGCAGGAACGGGCCCUGGACAUUUUGGAAUUCAAGCUCGACGUGUUGUGGACGAUGUUGGACGCCAUGUACAUGGCCUAUAUUUCCCAAGAAACCCUGCCGCCGCACAAGAAAUACGCGCUGACCGAGCGUUGA